AUGGUUGAGUACGCUCACAAUUCGUUGCCAGUGGCAGCCACGGGUCUCUCUCCGUUUGAGUGUAGUUUAGGUUACCAGCCACCUAUCUUUCCCAGUACGGAGUCCGAGGUCACUGUUCCCUCCGCUCACGCUUUCAUCCAGAGGUGCCGUCACGCAUGGAGCAGAGCCCGUGAGACUCUUCUCCGGGUGGGGGCGCGCACCAAGGCUAAGGCCGAUCGCCGCCGGUCGAAGCCUCCGGCCAUGGAGGAGCUGAAGGAAAGUACUAAGAGGUAUCCGUUGUUGCGGGCUGCAUCUGAGGAGAGCUCCAGUGAGCUAAGCAGCUUUCCAUUCCCAGGAGACACUCUGCCCUGGAACCUCCCUAAACACCACCGGAUCAAACGCUCCAAGUCUGCUUCUGGAGACGUGCACGUGCACGUGCUGGACCCGGCGGAGAGGGCUGUCUUUCGUAUCGCAGAUGAACGGGACCGGGUACAGAAAAAGACCUUCACAAAAUGGGUCAACAAGCACUUGAUAAAGGCCCAGCGGCAUAUCACUGACCUGUACGAGGACCUCAGAGAUGGACACAACCUCAUCUCCCUGCUGGAGGUGCUCUCUGGAGAGACACUGCCCAGGGAGAAGGGGCGCAUGCGCUUCCACAAACUGCAGAAUGUACAGAUCGCACUGGACUUCCUCAAACACAGACAGGUUAAACUGGUCAACAUCAGGAAUGAUGACAUCGCCGAUGGAAACCCCAAGCUGACCCUGGGCCUGAUAUGGACCAUCAUCCUUCACUUCCAGAUCUCAGACAUCCAGGUGAAUGGCCAGUCAGACGACAUGACGGCGAAGGAGAAGCUGCUGCUGUGGUCCCAGCGCAUGGUGGAGGGAUACCACGGGAUGCGCUGCGACAACUUCACCACCAGCUGGAGGGACGGCAAGCUCUUCAACGCUGUCAUACACAAACACAGCCCUACUCUGAUUGACAUGAGUAAGGUGUACCGACAGACUCAUGUAGAGAACCUGGAGCAGGCCUUCAGUGUGGCAGAGAGAGACCUGGGCGUCACUCGGCUGCUCGACCCAGAAGAUGUGGAUGUGCCACACCCAGACGAGAAGUCCAUCAUCACAUACGUGUCCUCCCUGUAUGACGUCAUGCCCCGUGUACCUGACGUCCAGGAUGAGGUGAAAGCCAAUGAGCUGGAGCUGCGCUGGCAGGAGUACUAUGAGCUGGUGACCCUGCUGCUGCAGUGGAUCAGACACCACAUCAUCGUGUUUGAGGAGAGGAAGUUCCCUACCAGCUAUGAGGAGAUUGAGGUUCUUUGGCGCCAGUUUCUGAAGUUCAAGGAGACAGAGCUGCCUGCAAAGGAAGCAGACAAGAAUCGAUCCAAACACAUCUACAUGUCUUUUGAGGGUGCAGUUCAGGUGGGUAAUGUCAAGGUUCCCCCUGGGUACCAGCCUAUUGAUGUGGAGAAGGAGUGGGGUCGUCUCCAUGUAGCCAUACUGGAGAGAGAGCGUCUUCUAAGGACAGAAUAUGAGAGGCUGGAGCGGCUGCAGAGGAUUGUCAGUAAGGUCCAGAUGGAGUCCGGGUUGUGUGAGGAGCAGCUCAACCAGGUUGAGGGUUUGCUACAGAUGGAUGUCCGUUUGCUGAGCUCAGGAAAGCCUGCUAUGCACACAGCAGAGGUAGAGACAGACCUGGACGAGGCAGAGGGCAUGAUCCGGUACCUCUUCAAUGACGUGCAGCUGCUGAAGGACGGACGCCAUCUACAAGCUGAACAGAUGUACCGCAGAGUGUACCGUCUCCACGAGCGGCUGGUGAACCAGCGCAGUGAGUACAACCUGAGCCUGAAGUCCGGAGUGACUACCACCCAGAUAUCCAUGUCCCAGAUGCAGACCCUUCAGCAGGUUCCCAUGAGGGUGCGUCCCGAGCUGGAUGAGGUGACCCUGUGCUACAUCCAGGACCUGCUGGCUUGGGUUGAGGAGAACCAGAGGUGGGUGGACCAGGGGGAAUGGGGCUCGGACCUGCACACCGUGGAGUCCCGGCUGGGCAGCCACCGCGGCCUGCACCAGUCAGUGGAGGAGUUCCAUGCUAAGAUCAACAGAGCAAAAGCAGACGAGAGUCAGCUCUCCCCUGUCAGCAAAUGUGCCUACAGAGACUACUUACCCAAGCUGGAGUUGCAUUAUAGCAAGCUUCUGAGUUCUUCCAAGGCUCGUCUGUGCAGCCUGGAUGAGCUUCAUGCCUUUGUCACUGCAGCCACCAAGGAGUUGAUGUGGCUGAAUGAGAAAGAGGAGGAGGAGGUUAACUAUGACUGGAGUGAACGCAAUACCAACAUGAAUGCCAAGAAAGACAACUACUCGGGGUUGAUGAAAGAGCUGGAGCACAGAGAGAAGCGGGUCAACAGUGUCCAGGUCCAAGGAGACAAACUGCUGAAGGAGGGUCACCCUGCCAAGAAGUCUGUAGAGGCCUUCACUAAAGCCUUGCAGACCCAGUGGAGCUGGAUCCUGCAGCUUUGCUGUUGCAUCGAGUCCCACCUGAAAGAGAACACCUCCUACUUCCAAUUUUUCUCAGAUGUGAAAGAGGCAGAGGAGAAGAUGAAAAAGAUGCAGGAGACUAUGAAGAAGAAAUACACGUGUGACCGUAACAUCACUGUCACACGACUCGAGGACUUGUUACAGGACGCAGUUGAUGAGAAGCAGCAACUGAAAGAGUUUAAGACCCACUUGAAUGGGCUGAACCGGAGGGCCAAGACCAUUGUCCAGCUGAAGCCACGUAACCCUGGUACACCAGUCAAGGGUAAAGUGCCUGUCCAGGCCAUCUGCGACUUCAAACAGAUGGAGAUCACGGUGCACAGAGGGGAUGAGUGUGCGCUGAUGGACAACUCUCAGCCAUACAAGUGGAAAGUACAGAACCCCAAAGGCAGCGAGGCCACUGUGCCCUCCAUCUGUUUCCUGGUUCCACCCACCAAUAAGGACGCAGUGAGCGGUGUCUCAGGUCUGAACGAAAGUCACCAGAACCUGCUGGUCCUGUGGCAGAUGCUGCACGUGGACAUGAAGAGCCUCAUGUCCUGGCAGUACCUGAUGAGAGACAUCCACCUCAUCAGCUUAUGGAACAUUACCAUGUUUAGGACUCUGACGGUGGAGGAGUACAGGCUAGCAUUGAGGAACCUGGAGCUCCACUACCAAGACUUUCUAAGAGACAGCCAGGACUCCCAGGUCUUUGGGGCAGAUGACCGAAUGCAGGUGGAGAGUGGCUACAAAAAGGCCAGCCAGCACUACGAAGGACUGCUGCACUCUGUGGAGAAAGGUGAGGAAGAUGAAUCUGAGUGCCGGAGCUACCUGACCAAGAUCAAGAACCUGCGUCUGAAGCUGGAGGUCUGUGAGACUCACACCAUUACACGUCUGCGUCAGCCCGUGGACAAGAACCCGCUCAUGGCUUGCGCACAGAGGACCACUGAGCAGAAGAAAGUCCAGUCAGAGUUGGAGGACUUGAAGAAAGAACUGACCAAUAUGGCUGAGAAGACAAAGAAGGUGCUGGCAUCCUCUCAGCAGUCCAGCUCCGCCCCAGUACUGUGCUCUGAGCUGGAUAUUACGCUGAAGAAGAUGGAGCACGUCUACAGCCUGUCCUCCGUGUACCUGGACAAACUGCAAGCCAUCGACAUAGUGAUCUGCAGCACAAAGGGAGUAGAGGACACCCUCAAAAAGUACGAAGCCCGUUUACGUGAUGUCAAUAAGAUGCCAACAGACGAAAAAGAGGUGGAGAACUACCGCACCCAGCUAAAGACAAUGCUUGGCGAGGCCGAGGAUGACCAGAAUACGUUCGACACUCUCCAGGAGGAACUGCAGAAGGCGAUGGUCGUAAACGAGCGGAUGACGCAGGUCCACAGCGAGCACGAUGCCGAGCUGGAACACUUUCGCCAAGUAGUGGCUGUGCUAGAGGAGCGCUGGCAGGCCGUGUUCGCCCAGAUAGACCUGCGCCAACGCGAGCUGGACUUGCUGGGGAGGCAGAUGCACUCCUACCACGAGAGCUAUGACUGGCUCAUCAGAUGGCUCAAUGAUGCCAAGCAGAGGCAGGAGAAAAUCCAGGCUGUGCCCAUCGGUGACAGCAAGGUCCUCAAGCAGCAGUUGGCACAGGAGAAGAAACUCCUAGAAGAGAUCGAGAAAAACAAAGAUAAGGUUGAGGAGUGUCAAAAACAUGCAAGGUCAUAUAUUGAUGCGGUCAAGGACUAUGAGCUUCAGUUGGUGACGUACAAAGCUCUGAUGGCACCUAUGGCUUCGCCCCUAAAGAAAACCAAAAUGGAGUGUGCAUCUGACAAUAUCAUCCAAGAGUAUGUGACUCUGAGAACCCGCUACAGUGAACUGAUGACUCUGACCAGCCAGUACAUCAAGUUCAUUAUGGAGACACAGCGCCGACUUGAGGAUGAGGAGACAGCUACUGAAAUACUAAAGAAGGAGGAGAGAAAAAAGUUGGCUGAGAUGCAGGCUGAAUUAGACAAACAAAGGCAGUUAGCUGAGGCACACAUCAAAGCUAUCACUAAAGCGGAACAAGAAGCCCAGGAACUCAAGUUGAAGAUGAAAGAAGAGGUCAGCAGGAGGGAGGUUGUGAAAGUAGAUUCUGAGAAACAGAAGCACAACAUACAGCAGGAGCUGCACGAACUCAAGAACCUGUCAGAGCAGGAGAUCCAAACCAAGAGCCAGCAGGUUGAGGAGGCACUGUAUAGUCGUACCAAGAUGGAGGAGGAGAUCCAUAUCAUCAGAAUCCAAUUAGAGACUACCAUAAAGCAAAGAGCCACAGCUGAGGCCCAACUUCAGCAGCUCAGGGACAUGGCUGCCGAGGCUGAGAGACUGAGGAAAGUUACUCAGGAGGAGGCAGAGAAGCUUCGCAAGCAGGUGAAUGAAGAGACUCAGAAAAAGCGCAACGCAGAGGAGGAGCUGAAUCGCAAAACAGAGGCAGAACAAGAAGCUGCCAAGCAAAAGCAGAAGGCCCUGGAUGAGUUGCAGAAGUUCAAAAUGCAUGCUGAAGAGGCAGAGAGGCGCAUGAAACAGGCAGAAGAGGAGAAGCAUAGGCAGGUCAUGGUUGCGGAGGAGGUGGCACAGAAGAGUGCCACCACCGAACUGCAGACCAAACGUAUGUCCUUUAAUGAGAAGGCAGUAAAGCUUGAGGCAUCGCUGAAACAAGAACAGGUCACUGUUAUUCAGUUGCAGGAAGAGGCAGAGUAUCUCAAGAAGCAACAAGAAGAUGCCAACAAAGCCAGGGAGGAAGCAGAGAAGGAGCUUGAGAAGUGGAGGCAGAAAGCCAAUGAGGCACUCCGUUUGAGGCUCCAGGCUGAGGAAGAAGCCCACAAGAAGAGCCAGGCUCAGGAGGAAGCAGAGAAACAGAAAGAGGAAGCUGAGCAAGAGGCAAAGAAAAGGGCUAAGGCUGAAAAGGCUGCUCUUAAGCAAAAGGAAAUGGCAGAGAAGGAGCUGGAUAAACAGAGGAAAUUGGCAGAGGGAACAGCACAGCAGAAACUCUCUGCAGAACAAGAGUUAAUUCGCCUAAGGUCUGACUUUGACCAUGGUAAGCAACAGAGGUCUUUAUUGGAUGAAGAGCUCCAGCGCCUGAAAAAUGAGGUGAAUGCUGCAGUAAAAGAAAGGAAACAGCUAGAAGAUGAACUGGCCAAAGUGAGAAGUGAAAUGGAAGUUCUUCUUCAGCUGAAGUUGAAAGCUGAGAAGGACACCAUGUCUACAACAGAGAAAAGCAGAAAUCUCCUCGAGUCUGAGGCAUCAAAAAUGAGGCAACUAGCUGAAGAGGCGACUAAGCUGAGAUCAAUCGCUGAAGAGGCAAAGAAGCAGAGGCAGGUAGCGGAGAAUAAUGCGGCUCGGCAAAGAGCAGAGGCUGAGAAGAUACUCAAGGAAAAACUGGCAGCCAUUAAUGAAGCAAUUGGCCUGAAAACUGAAGCUGAGAUUGCCCUGAAGGAUAAAGAGGCAGAAAAUGAGAGACUUAGGAGAAAAGCCGAAGAUGAGGCUUAUCAGAGAAAGGUCUUAGAAGACCAAGCAAAACAGCACAAGCAAGACAUUGAUGAAAAGAUCACCCAGCUUAUGAAGACUUCUGAUUCUGAAUUGGAGAGGCAGAAGAAGAUUGUAGAGGAAACUCUUAAGCAGAGGAGGGUGGUCGAGGAGGAGAUUCGCAUCCUAAAACUAAACUUUGAGACUGCAUCAACAGGCAAGUUGGAUCUUGAAUUGGAGUUGAACAAGCUUAAAGGCAUUGCAGAUGAGACACAUAAGAACAGAGUCAAGGCUGAGGAAGAGGCAGAGAAACUCAGAAAGCUUGCUUUAGAGGAGGAGAACAAAAGAAAGCAAGCUGAAGAGAAAGUUAAAAAGAUCACUGCUGCAGAGGAAGAAGCAGCGCAACAAUGCCAUGCAGCUCAGAAAGAGGUUGAGCGCCUCAAAACGAUUGCUGCCGAUGCUAACAAGCAGAAGGACAAUGCUGACAAAGAAACAGAGAAACAGAUUAUUCUAGCCAAAGAGGCUGCACAGAAAUGUAGUGAUGCAGAAAAGAGAGCACAGGAUGUUCUGGUCAAGCAGAAAGAGGACAAUCUUUCCCAGGGCAAGCUCAAAGAGGAGUUUGAAAAGGCUAAGAAACGUGCACAAGAAGCUGAGAAGGCCAAGGAGAAAGCUGAGAAAGAGGCUGCUUUACUCCGUCAAAAAGCAGAGAAUGCUGAGAAACAGAAGAAAGCAGCUGAAGCUGAGGCUGCCAAACAGGCCAAGGCUCAGGGGGAUGCUGAGAGACUGAAGAAGGAAGCAGAGCAGGAGGCUGCAAAGCGAGCAGAAGCUGAGGCUUCUGCUCUGAAACAGAAGCAGCAGGCAGACGCAGAGAUGGCCAAGCACAAAAAGCUAGCUCAACAAACAUUGAAGCAGAAGACACAAGUUGAGCAGGAGCUAGCAAAGGUGAAACUGCGACUGGAUGAGACUGAUAAGCAGAAAUAUGUUUUAGAUGAGGAGCUUCAGCGCCAGAAGGAUGAAGUUAGCAAUGCAGUCAAGCAGAAAGUUCAAGUUGAGGAUGAGCUAUUUAAGGUCAAGGUCCAGAUGGAGGAGCUGGUCAAACUUAAGCUUAGAAUUGAGAAUGAGAAUCAACGUCUCAUGAGUAAAGACAAAGCUAAUGCUCAGAAAUUCCUGGAAGAGGAAGCUGAGAACAUGAAGAAGCUAGCAGAGGAUGCUGCCAGGCUAAGCUUAGAAGCUCAGGAGGCAGCCCGAGAGAGACAGAUUGCAGAGUCCGAGCUUGCCGAACAGAGGGCUCUUGCUGACAAAAUGCUGAAGGAGAAUAUGCAAGCUAUCCAAGAAGCAACUAAACUGAAAGCUGAGGCAGAGAAGCUCCAGAAACAAAAGGACAAGGCUCAGGAGCAGGCCCAAAAACUCCUGGAGGACAAGCAGCAAAUGCAGCAGCGUCUUGAUGAGGAGACAAAGGGCUUCCAAAAAUCUCUAGAGGCUGAGCGCAAGAGGCAGCGUGAAACAACUGCAGAAGCAGAGAAAUUGAAGCUUAGGGUGACACAGCUCAGUGAUGCUCAGUCCAAAGCAGAGGAGGAGGCCAUGAAAUUCAAGAAACAAGCUGAUGAGAUCAGAGUUUGUCUCCAAGAGAAAGAGCAAAAUGCUUCAGAAAAAGUCAUUGUAGAUAAACUGGAGGGGCAGAGAUUACAGAGAAGCAAACAGUCUGAUGAUUUAUGUAAAACCAUAGCUGACCUUGAGAAAGAAAAGGAGAAAUUACAAAAAGAGGCUGCAGAUCUACAGACUAAGUCUAAAGAGAUGGCCAAUGCCCAACAAAAACAAAUUAAAAAGGAAAAGAUAAUUAUUGAGCAGACUAUCCUGACAGAAAAAGAAAUGUUGCUGAAAAAAGAAAAGCUCAUUGAGGAAGAGAAAAAUAAGCUUGAGAAACAGUUUGAGGAUGAGGUCAAGAAGGCCAAAGCCCUCAAAGAUGAGCAGGAUCAUCAAAGGAAGCAGAUGGAACAGGAGAAGAAGAAACUCCAGGCUACCAUGGAUGCCGUUUUGAAAAAGCAGAAGGAUGCUGAGGAGGAGAUAUGCAAUAAGCAGAAAGAGAUGCAGGAUCUUGAAAAUAAAAGGCUUGAACAAGAGAAUUUGUUGAAUGAGGAGAAUACAAAGCUUCGUGAGAAGCUGCAGCAACUUUCUACACCUAAAAAAUCAGUAACACCCCACACUAAAGAAAGGGAGAUUCAAACUGAUGAGGUCCCUGAAGAUCAGCUAAUUGCAAUGACAAUGGUGGGGACUACAAAUAAAGUAUUCAAUGGGUCUGAAGUAGUAGAUGGUGCAAAGAAAAACAAAGAUUCACCAUUUGCUUUUGAUGGGAUUAGGGACAAGGUUCCUGCCAGCAGGCUCCAUGACAUUGGUAUACUGAACAAAACGGACUUUGACAAGCUGAAAACGGGGAAAACCACAGUGCAAGACCUGAGCAAGACCGAGAAGGUGAAAACAUGUCUCAAAGGCAAGAAUAGUGUUGGCGGAGUCUUGACCCCAGCCAAGCAGAAAAUGAGUGUGUAUCAGGCCAUGAAAGAGAAUAAACUUUCUCCUGGUGCUGCCACAAUGCUCCUUGAAGCUCAGGCAGCAUCUGGGUACCUCAUUGAUCCAGUGAAAAACAGAAUGCUCUCUGUGGAUGAAGCUGUAAAGGAGGAAUUAAUAGGUCCAGAACUCCAUAACAAAAUGCUUUCUGCAGAAAAAGCAGCUACUGGUUACAAAGAUCCUUAUACUGGAGACAAAAUCUCACUCUUUGAGGCCAUGAAAAAGGGUCUGAUUGAACAAGACCAGGCCGUUAGACUUCUGGAUGCUCAGAUUGCAACUGGUGGAAUAAUUGACCCUGUCAAUAGUCACCGUGUACCACUCCAGACAGCCUAUAAGCAGGGCCAAUUGGAUUCUGAGAUGAACAGAACUUUAUCAAACCCUACUGCUGACUCAAAGUUAUUCAUUGACCCAAGCACUCAGGAGAGCCUCACUUAUCAGCAACUAUUGGAGAGGUGCACCUCAGAUGCAGAGACAGGCCUACUUGUGUUACCAAUCACAGAGAACGCUGCACAAAGUGACAAGACCUACACAACUGAAGAGACUAAAGAUGUACUCACUAAAGCAAAUAUCUCUGUUCUAUUUGGAAGAUUCCAAGGAAAGACUGUGACCAUUUGGGAAAUCAUUAACUCAGAGUAUUUUACAGAGCCACAGAGGAAGGAUCUGAUUCAUCAGUAUAAGACCGGAAAAAUCACAAUAGAAAAAUGUAUCAAAAUUGUCAUUAGUGUUGUGGAAGACAAAGAGAAGAAUAAUGAAAUUGUGUUUGAUGGUCUGAGGACUCCUGUCACUGCAGCUGAACUUCUAGAAUCAAAUAUCAUCAAUAAAGACUUGUUCAACAAAUUGCAUAAUGGCAAAACAACUGUCAUUGAAAUCUCUGAGAUGGAGUGUGUUAAGAAAGCCUUAAGAGGAACACCUAGCAUUGCUGGAGUGAUCGUUGAGUCAACCAAGGAGAAAAUACCAUUCUAUCAAGCCGUAAAGAAACAGAUGCUCUCUCCCGAGACUGCAUUGACUCUUCUUGAGGCUCAAGCUGGGACUGGAUUUAUAAUUGACCCUGUCAAAAAUCAGAAGCUCACUGUGGACGAGGCUGUUAAAUCAGGUCUUGUUGGUCCAGAGAUGCAUGAAAAACUUCUGUCUGCAGAGAGAGCUGUUAAUGGCUACAAAGAUCCCUACACUGGAAAGAAUGUAUCCCUAUUUCAGGCAAUGUUUAAAGACCUUAUUAAGAAAGACCAGGGUAUCCGUCUGCUAGAGGCUCAGCUUGCAACUGGAGGUAUAAUUGAUCCAGUCAAAAGUUAUCGCAUCCCACAUGAUGUUGCCUGUAAACGUGGAUAUUUUGAAGAAGAAAUGAACAAGACCUUGAGCAACAACACUGAUGAAACUAAAGUAUACUUUGAUCCUAACAUGUGGGAGAAUGCAUCUUAUGUACAACUCAUGAAAAAAUGUGUCACUGACAAAGAGACUGGUUUUCCAUUUCUUCCGCUCUCAGAGAAAGCAAUUCAAAAGUCAAAAGAGAAACAAAAGUCAAAAGAGGAUCAUCAAUACACUGAGUUCCAGAUCAAAGAUGCCUUGAAUCAGGCAACAAUGGAGCUGCAGUAUGGACCUUUCAAAGGAAGGAAAGUCACUAUUUGGGAGAUCAUAAACUCUGAAUAUAUUACAGAGGAACAAAGACUCGAGUUGAUUCAACAGUACAGAACUGGAACAGUGACUAUUGAAAGAAUUAUUACAAUCCUUGUCACAAUGGUUGAUAAAAAGGAGACCAAGAAACAGGAAAAAGAACAGGCCAGCUUUAAAGGUCUUAGAGUACCUGUCACAGCCAGUUCAUUGUUUGAAUCCAAAAUAAUUGAUAAAGCUACAUAUGAUCAACUCCAACAGGGCGAAAAGAAACCGAAAGAAAUCAGUGACAUGGACUCAGUCAGGAAAUACUUGCAAGGAACAGAUGGACAGAUUGCAGGCAUCUAUAUGGGUGACUCAAAGGAAAAGGUUAGCAUUUAUCAAGCAAUGAAGAAAAAUAUAUUGAGACAAAAUACAGGUCUUGCAUUACUCGAGGUACAAGCAGCAACUGGUUUCAUUAUCGAUCCUGUUAAAAACCAGAGGUACACUGUGGAUGAUGCUGUGAAAGCAGGAGUUGUUGGUCCUGAGGUUCAUGAGAAACUUCUUUCAGCUGAGAAAGCAGUGACUGGUUUCAGAGAUCCAUACACAGGCAACAUUAUUUCCCUCUUCCAGGCCAUGAAGAAGGAGCUUGUGCUACGAGAACAUGCCAUUCCCCUGUUGGAAGCUCAGAUGGCCACAGGAGGGAUUAUUGACCCAGUCAGCAGCCACCGUGUUCCAAAUGAUGUGGCCUUCCAACGUGGCUAUUUCAAUAAGCAGAUGGCUAAGACCUUUACUGACCCCUCAGGGGAUAUCAAAGCCUUCGUUGAUCCCAACACUAAUGAAAGUUACACCUAUAAACAACUGCAAGAGAAAUGCAUAAGAGAUCCAGAUACCGGUCUGUGCUUCCUGCCACUAUCAAAGGCUGAAGCUCAAAAUCCAGUGGAAAAGUCCUACGUAUACACAGAAGAACAGGCACAGACAGACUUGAGUAACAGUCAAGUGGAUAUCCCUCAUCAGGCCUAUGGAGGGAAGGUAAUGACCCUAUGGGAUGUCAUGAUGUCAAACCUGCUCCCUGAGGAGGAAAAGCUAAGGCUCCUGGAACAGUAUCGCCGUGGGCAAAUCACAAAGGAGAGAAUGAUCAUCAUCGUCAUUGAAAUCAUUGAACAAAGGGAGAUACUGAAAGUAGAGCAGAGCAUGUCCUGUGAUGUGAUCAGACGAAGAGUCACUAUUGAGGAGCUCUACAGUUCUCGCAUUAUCGACCUUCAAACAUACAAUCUGUUAAAGCAAGAGAAGAAAACUAUCCGUGAGGUUAUGGAAAUGCCAUCUGUAAAGCAGUAUCUGUUUGGCACUGGCAGUAUUGCUGGAAUCCUCUCAGACUCCCCCUCUAAGGUCAGUAUUUACCAGGCAUUGAAGAGAGGUCUCAUUAAGCCUGAUUUUGCUACCAGUCUCCUGGAGGCCCAAGCAGCAACAGGAUUCAUCAUUGACCCUGUGAAAGAUGAAUUGCUAACUGUUGACGAGGCUGUGCGCAAAGGGAUAGUCGGCCCUGAAAUCCAUGACAAACUUCUUUCUGCCGAGAGGGCAGUCACUGGCUACAAGGAUCCUUACAGUGGAAAAGUAAUCUCUCUCUUCCAAGCGAUGAAAAAAUACCUUGUUCCUGAGGACUAUGCCCUGAGGCUCCUUGAAGCCCAGGCUUCCACUGGAGGCCUUAUGGAUCCAGAAUACUACUUCCACCUUCCCACAGAUGUUGCCAUGCAACGCGGGUACAUCAAUAAGGAAACAUAUGACAGGAUCACUGAUCCAAACUGUGAUGUAAAAGGUUAUGUUGAUCCAACCACAGAGGAGAGACAGACCUAUGCCCAACUGCUGAAGAGAUGCAAAGUCGAUAAAGAGAGUGGUCUGCGAUUACUUUCAAUGGCAGACAGAAGGCUGCUUUUUAAGGGUCUCAGAAAGAAAGUGACCUUGGAUGAGCUGCUUUGUUCGCAGAUUAUUGACCAAAAGACAUACAAUGAUCUCACUGAAGGCCUUAUCUCAGUAGAAGAGGUCAGCCGAGAAGUGAAGAAGUACCUUGAGGGCACAAGCUGCAUUGCCGGAGUAUAUGUAGAAUCUAGCAAAGACCGCCUGUCAAUCUACCAAGCAAUGAAAAAGAACAUGAUAAGACCCGGGACAGCCUUUGAACUUCUUGAGGCUCAAGCAGCAACAGGAUAUAUAAUUGACCCAAUAAAGAACCUGAAGCUGAAUGUUGGUGAAGCUGUUAAAAUGGGAGUCGUUGGUUCAGAGUUCAAAGACAAGCUCAUCUCUGCUGAGCGUGCCGUUACAGGCUACAGGGAUCCGUACUCUGGCAAGACCAUCUCUCUAUUCCAGGCCAUGAAAAAGGGUCUCAUUCUGAAAGACCACGGCAUUCGACUAUUGGAAGCCCAAAUUGCCACUGGUGGGAUCAUUGAUCCAGAAGAGAGUCACCGCUUGCCAGUUGAGAUGGCCUACACACGUGGUCUGUUUGAUGAGGAGAUGAAUGGCAUUCUUACAGACCCAUCUGAUGACACUAAAGGCUUCUUUGACCCUAACACUGAGGAGAACCUCACUUACCUGCAGCUGAUGGAGCGAUGCCUGAUUGACCCGGAAACUGGACUUGCACUUUUGCUGUUAAAAGAAAAGAAACGUGAGAGGAAGACAUCCUCCAAAUCAUCUGUGCGUAAACGUAGAGUAGUCAUUGUUGACCCAGAGACAGGCAAAGAGAUGUCUGUGUAUGAGGCAUAUCACAAAGGACUUAUAGAUCACCAGACCUACACGGAGCUUGCAGAGCAGGAGUGUGAGUGGGAGGAGAUUACUAUCUCCUCAUCUGAUGGUGUUGUGAAGUCCAUGAUCAUUGAUAGAAGGACUGGCCAACAGUAUGAUAUUGAUGAUGCCACCACAAAGGGCCUCAUUGACCAGUCUGCUCUGGAUCAGUACCGUGCUGGCACUCUGUCCAUCACAGAGUUUGCGGACAUGCUGUCCGGAAACAUAAGUGGCACCAGAUCUAGGUCAUCCUCCUUUGGGUCCACAUCAUCUCACUCCAAUAGUUCAGCCCCCUCUAUCAAACCCCCAGCAACAAUAUGGAAUGACCCAACAGAAGAAACCGGCCCUGUGGCUGGAAUACUGGAUACUGACACAUUGGAUAAGGUGUCAGUCACAGAAGCCAUGCACAGAAAUCUUGUGGACAAUAUCACAGGUCAAAGAUUGCUGGAGGCUCAGGCUUCCACUGGUGGCAUCAUUGAUCCAAACACUGGAGAGAAAUUCUCAGUUGCAGAUGCAGUGAACAUGGGACUUGUGGAUAAGAUCAUGGUUGACCGAAUCAACCUGGCACAGAAGGCCUUCAAUGGAUUUGAGGAUCCCCGAACCAAAACAAAAAUGUCUGCUGCACAAGCAUUAAAAAAGGGGUGGUUGUACUUUGAGGCGGGUCAGAGAUUCCUAGAAGUACAAUAUCUAACUGGUGGUUUGAUAGAACCAGAGGUCAAUGGCAGAGUUCCACUGGACGUUGCUGUCAACAAGGGCACCCUAGAUGCACGUACUGCACAGAAGCUACGGGAUAUCAGUGGAUACUCCAAAUACCUCACCUGCCCCAAGACGAAGCUUAAGAUCUCAUACAAGGAUGCCAUGGAUAGAAGCAUGAUUGAGGAGGGUUCUGGUCUGCGUCUGUUGGAAGGCUCUUCUCAGUCAAGUAAAGGCCUUUACAGUCCUUACAGUGUUAGCGGUUCUGGGUCAGCAUCCGGUUCCCGGCCCGACUCAAGAACUGGCUCCAGGUCAGGCUCCAGACGAGGGAGCUUUGAUGCCACAGGCUCUGGCUUCUCCACUAAUUUCUCUUCCUCAUCCUUCAGCUCCACAAGCUAUGGGCGCAGAUAUGAUGCAGGAUCACACAGCGGACAUAGCAUGGAUGUGCUAGCACAGGCCCUGACAUCAUUAGCAAUGGGCAGGAACUGCAGUUCUGAAGAGAGAAUAUUUACCACAAUACAAACCAAUUACUCCCCAGUUGCCUAAUUCUUAUUAUAAAAAUAGUCUACCUUUAUUCUGCUCUGCAUGUGGUUAUUAUGGGCCUUUUCAGCAAUAUAUUGUAAAUAUUUUAGCUGGCUUUAAGUUAAUUUUGUCAAUAUUUUAUUCAGUUUUACAUUUUCAAAGUACAUUUUAAGUUGCUCUCUUUUGUAUUAUGUCUGAGAAGUCAAUUUUUUUUGCAUUAUUUAUAUGCUUACAUACAGAAGAGCUGACUGUAUUCAAACUAUAUUUUUAUUUUUAGCAACUACAAUGAUAUUGAUAAUAACGUUUUCAAUAUUAGACAUAUUGAAAAUGUUCUAUUUUUAAGUCAGCUUGUUAUUAAUUGUAAUUAACAUUUUCUGACCUGGAUUAAAAUUAUAUUUGGAUUCUAUUAAAUUCCAUCAAAGAAAGUAUCUAGGUUAAAGUAUCCAUUUUUAUAGCAAACCAAAUGAGAUGUGAAAGCUGUUUAAACUAUUUGGUAGGAGGACAUUUAGAAUAUCUAGAAAUAGAUACAAAAGCUUCCAAUCUGCAGAGCAGAAUAAGGAGUCACAGAACAAUGAGUUAUUAUAACACUGGAGCAAAUGCUUCAAGAAAACCAAGCUUCAAAAUAUUUUCGUAUCUCGGCUACACUGUGCCAAUGUCUGGAUUCUACCUAUCCCCUGCUUGUGAUAUACAAUGGACUACCAAACAGUUAAAACUAUGCAGUCUUUAUACAGUCAAGCAUCCUUAUGGAGAGAGCAUUCCAAGGAUGGCAAUCCCAACAUAAUAAAACAUGGACCAACACACUUGAAGUAAAAGAUGCCCCACAUCACCAUGAAACUCCAUUGGACACCCCUGGUCUCAUCUCAAGCUGAAAUAACUUCUCAGCAGAACCAUUGCUUCUCUAGAUUUUUUUUGAAAAAGAAGUGACUAAAUCUUUUCUAUUAUUAUUUUAAUUUUUUUGCCAGACACAAAUCUUAAAGUCAUUUUUUCUUCAUUUUGUUGAAGCCUAUGUUUUCCUGAGACCCUCAAGUCAAAACGAAGAACUUAGCUGAAAUAAACGUUAACGUUCACACUUAAGACUACACCGAGAUACAUUUACAUAAUUCAUUUUAGCCUUUUUAUUUUUCAGACAAUUAUUAACAAAUAACUCUGAAAAGGCAGAUGUUGAUGUUUAAAUGCAAAAUAUAAUGAAUCAUUGUACUGCCUUGCUUCUACCUUACACCUGCAUACUAAUAUAUCUGAUCUCAUAUGGUAACAGCCUUAACCACCUGUAUUGUAAUGUUUUUGUUAGUGCCUGCAUAUUCAAUGCAUGAAAGGGUUGCACAGACAACAAGGUGUGAAUAAUACUGUAAAUUGAGUGAUUCACAACUGGAAAAAUGAUAUGGUUAUUAUCAGGUAUUUCCCAAGUUCAUGGCCGUCAUACAGUAUUCAUACCGCAUCAAUACCCUUUUAUUUCACUAGAUUAAACUAAGAACAUUUGUACAAGGCUAAGAUUGAAAUAAAUGUUUAUCACAAAAAAUUAUUCAGUUUUGAAAUGUAUAAGACAAUCUUUACUGACUGUAUUCUACAUAUUUGGAAAAUAUAUUUUAGCGUCGUCACUUGUUGCCUCGUGAACCAGUGUUCAUAUUUCCCAACACAAUUGCUUGUUUUUUUUUCUUCCUUAGAAGUACUUUCCUUUGUAAAUUGUCAUGUUCUAUCUCAAUAUUCAUUAUAUUUUCAUAUGAUACAUUUUAUUUUUGCUUUGCAUGUUGUACAAACUUGGUUGAAAAGAUGCAAUAUAAAUAGUUGCAUCCAUUUUUUCGUUGUGAAGCCUUUUAAAAUGGUUUGAAGGAUGUACUUUAAAGUUGGGUUAUCAGGCAUGGUUAAAAUGGUGUAUUGAAAGGGUGACAUUGUAUUUGAAUGUUAACACCUUAAGAAUGUAAAUAAACUUAUGAGGUAUCAAUAUGAAAUGCAAUGUCUUUUGAGUAUUUUUUUAUGUUUGAGUGAAGAUUUUUGCACUCCAAACAGAUCUUUAUUUAAAGAUGCACUAUGCAGAAAUCGCUCCACCAUUACCUGGUUGCUAA